CGCCCCGCCUGCCCUGCUCCCUCCCCGCCCACCGGCCUGAUUCCUCCUCGUCAUCGCUGAUGCUUCCCGGUCGCGUUUCACUAGUCAAACGCCGAACGACUGCGCUUCUCCACCCGCCUCCGACACCACAACCAGCCGGUGUUAUUUCAGAAGGACUCCCCUCUGCCUUUUUUCAACAUGCGGACCGCCGAACGUUAAACACAGACAGUGAAAGCCGGGGUGGGAAAUGCAGGACGACAGCGGCAAACCAGCACCCGGGAGUCCCGAUGUAGUCAUUGCGAACACGGCGCAGAAUUCAGUACAUUUGAAAAGGCAUAGCAUCACUCAAAAUGGCCACAGCGCCACAGCUGCACCUGCUCCACAGUUUGAAUCCCAACCUCCAAGUCCUGUACUCAGUACGACCCCGACCAUCCCGAGGGAGCAGUGGGGAGGGAAGUACGAGUUCCUGCUCUCCUGUAUUGGAUACUGCGUGGGACUUGGAAACGUGUGGCGGUUUCCCUACCUUUGUUACCGCAAUGGAGGAGGUGUGUUUCUCAUCCCCUACUUCAUUAUGCUCUUUGUCACUGGUGUUCCACUCUUCCUCAUGGAGCUGAGUUUAGGCCAGUACGGAGCAGCCGGCCCCAUCACUGUGUGGAAAUGCUGCCCUCUGCUCAAAGGUAUUGGCAUUGGGAUGCUCUGUGUGUCCACGCUGGUGUGUCUCUACUAUAACAUCAUCAUAGCGUGGACAUUUUACUACCUGGGCAGCUCUUUCCAGAGCCCUCUGCCCUGGUCCUGUGACGCUUUGGCCAAUGCAGGUCUCUGUGGUAACAACACCACUGGCAACAGCUCCACUGGUAAAACCCUCAGCCCCACCGAAAUCUUCUGGAAUGAGCACGUGCUGGGUGUAGUACACAGCGAGGGCCUUCAUGACCCAGGCCCGGUCCGGUGGCAACUGGCCCUGUGCCUCCUGGCAGCCUGGAUCAUCAUCUUCCUGUGUAUGCUCAAGGGCAUCCGCAGCUCUGGCAAGGUGUGGAAUGAUGCAGCCUCACAGGUCUUCUACUCCUUAGGUAUUGGAGUCGGAGGGCUGCUUUCUAUGGCCUCUUACAAUAAGUUUGAAAACAACGUCAUCAGGGACACUUUGAUUAUCACCACAGGAAACUGCAGCACUAGCUUCCUUGCAGGAUUUGCUAUAUUCUCAAUCCUGGGUCACAUGGCGUGGAGGAAGGGGGUACCUGUUGCAGAGGUGGCAGAUACAGGUCCUGGUUUGGCUUUUGUUGCUUACCCAGAGGCCCUUGCUCUCCUGCCAGGCUCUGUGUUCUGGUCCAUCCUGUUCUUCCUCAUGCUCUUUAUGCUUGGUAUUGAUACACUGUUCGGCAACAUGGAGGGCAUCACAACCGCCGUGAUGGAUGAAUUUCCGCAGCUCAGAGGGAAUGCACUGCACAAGUCCCUGUUCUUGGGCGCGCUGUGUUUCUGCUUCUACCUUUUGGGUCUCCUGUUAGUGACCAAUGGUGGGAUUUACUGGUUCACCCUCAUUGACUCCUUCAGCACUAGUUUCGGCCUCAUCAUCAUCACCCUCUUCAUGUGCAUUGGCAUCUCCUUCUUCUAUGGAGUCAACCAGUUUUGUCAAGACAUUCUUGAUAUGAUCUACCCCUGCCCUCCCUGGUGCAGCAUAGUAUUGCUUUACUUCAAAGCAUGCUGGGUUUUCUUCACUCCGUUUCUUCUGCUGUUCAUCCUGACGUACAUCUUCAUUGAGAUGUACAACACGUCCCUCCACUACGGGCCCUACGUGUACCCUCGGUGGGGUAAAGCACUGGGUGUGUGCAUGGGUGCGACCUGCUGCCUGCAGAUUCUCAUCUGGGCUAUUGUGGCCAUCUGCAAGGAAACUGGAACACUGAAAGAACGUUUCCAGAAAUCAAUUCGACCUUUGAAUUCCUGGAGAGUAAACAACCUGAACAGCACCAGGACAGCACAGGAGAGUGUGGAGCCUGAGAGGGUGGAUGCUCCGUUCACUGUCACACUUACAGACAUGGACUUCACUGCGAUGACAUGGGAGGAGGGAAGCCAGGCGUAACAGUGUGGAGAGCUGUGAUGAACGCAUAGCAAUGAGCAAACUACGUUGUCAAGAGAGAAAGGAAUUUAUCGUUAAGAUACUGGCCCCAGCCAGGCUCUGGUGGCUGAACACACAGCGUCCUGCAGGGCAGAGUGGAUUAAUUGCUUUAUUUAUACUAUCAUGUAUGAUUCCAAAGUAUUUUUUUAACUUCUUUUUUUUUAACUUUGUGUAACAUAUGAAGUCACAGCUGUAAAGUUUGGAUCAUCCUCAUUUUUCAUUGUAGUUUUUUUAUGUGGAUAUGUUUGAAUGUGUAUUUAUUGUCAUAGUCGUGUAGUAUAAUGAAUGCACAAUGAAAUUUCCCUGACUUCGGUCAGCAGCGGCUUUCGGACCAGAUUUUGUUAAACCUGUUCAAGGAGGAGGGACAAAGUGCAGAGACUCUUGGCUGCUACUCACCACAGGAGAAGCGACCACAUCAGUCAUCAGCCGGCCAGACUAAAUGGUUUUGACACAGCCUCAGUCUGGAACAAUUUUAAUUUGUUUUACUUUUUAAAUUAAUGAUUUUAAAAAGUUAUUAUUCAUAGAAUAAAUAAAGGUACCU